CCAACAUUAGCUGUAGGCCAUCUCCCUCCCCAAAUUUCAUUGCAUUUUCCCCAUUUGUCAUAAAUCGGUUAAAACGGCAUCCAUUUCCCUCUCCUCCACAAUCAUUGUUUUUACUAAACGUUUCGUGACUGAUAAAACAGUUAAGUAUGCGCUCGAACAUUAGGAGUGAGCUUACGUGUCAUAUUUUAGUGAGCCUAUUUCUUUGCAGCUCUACUAUAUCGUUUGUUAUACUACCCAGGGUACCUACCAGACCUGUUCACUCCCAAGCCAGCUAAAGCCUCGCCCGGGUUGCGCAUAUGGGAGUACUUCGCAUAUUUUAGACAGAAGUAAAUUAUGGUGGCCACUCAGAGUCUACUCAAAGUUGCUGGGGUAGGGGGUUUAUUGAUCGCUGGAGCUGCCACAUUUGUAAACUCCAAAAUACAGGCGGGUCUCAAGCAGGGCGCCUGGUUUCGGGAGUCGAUGCGACUGCUGCGCGCGCACCCUGGCGCAGUUUCCGUGCUGGGCGAGCCCAUCACCGACGGCCGUCUGGACCUGGCGAGGCCCGAGGCCAACUUCUGCGACGAGAGACGCGUCCAGUUCCGCGUGCCUGUCAGAGGCCCGAAGGACAAGGGCCACCUGCUGCUGUGGGGGUCGCGCCCGGCGGACACGUGGCAGGUCGACCGGCUGGAGCUGGAGCUGUCCAGCGACCCGAGCCGCAGGCUGCUGGUGCGCGCCGCCGAGCAGCCGUCACCGCAGACCUCGCCCAGCGCCGCGCCCGUCUCGUCCAGCGCAGCGCCCGCCUCGCCCAGCGCAGUGCCCACCUCACCCAUCGUAGCGCCCGCCUUGUAAUCGGCCGGGAAGCCUCGUGCCUCCAGCGGCCAGCGACGGUUGCUCUGGUCUCGGCGGCGAGGGACCGAGGACAGGAGUGUUUGGACGGGCGGGGUGUUGGAGCGCGCCCGGCGCGGCACCGCCAUGUCGGAGAGUGUGCUGAACGGUGUGAUGGCCGAUCGCACCGCGGCGGCUCCGGGUCCAGUGUCGGACAGCGCCGACGCGUCGGACCGGGUACCGGCCGGUAGUAGCGCAGCACCCAUCGCGGCGGCGGACGGCCCUCUGGCGAGCCCAGCCGCGGCAGAGCCCCCUCCACCGC